AUGUUUGUCAAAUAUGGAAUCCACAACAUAAGUAAUGAAGAAAAUGAAGGAAUGAUUGCUGAAAUAGAAAGUUUUAUUAUGCAUGAAGAUUUUGCCAGCGAUUAUAUUCAUGAUACUGAUGAUAUAGCGCUAAUAAAAUUAAAAGAACCCGUUAGUUUUGGUCCCAAUGUCCUGCCAGUAUGUUUACCACAAAAGGGGAUAGAUUAUUCAAAAAAAAGAGCAACUGUUGUUGGAUGGGGAAAAAAAUCACAGGAGGAUUUAUUUUCUGAAGUUCUUUUGAAAAUUAAUGUCACAACUUUAACCAAUGAGGAUUGCAAAAAAGUUAAAGUAUUAAGUUCUCAUUUAUCAGACUCCAUGUUAUGUGCAUAUGGAGACAAUGUAGAUGCUUGUCAAGGAGAUAGUGGAGGACCCUUAUUGUACAAAGCAAACGAAGAUAAAGAGGAAAUAAUUGGGGUUGUUUCUUGGGGAGUAGGAUGUGCCCAACCAGGAAUACCAGGAGUUUAUUCUAGAGUAGCAGAUUAUUUAGAAUGGAUUGCAUUACAUACAACAGACUCAAAGUAUUGCUACAAUUCUUUUUGA